ACAAAACUAACGAAAUAUAUGAUUAUAUUUGCAAACGUGAGCAGAGGUGCGCGGUUUGGGUAACUUCAAGCUGGUCCAGGAGGCACACGAACAGGCCCAACAGGCGGUGCUCGAGUACACCAUCAACUGUUACCCGCAAAUAAAUGACAAAUUCGGUCAACUCAUGGCUCUGGUGCCGGACUUGAGGGCACUUACCUUAAGGGGCGAAGAGUUUCUCUACUAUAAGCAUAUGGGCGGCAGUGCGCCCACACAGACCCUGCUUAUGGAGAUGCUUCACGCCAAGAAGAAAUAAUACUUUCGUUAUUCGAUAGACAAUACAUUUUUAUAUAAAUAAUAACU